AUGCGGAUACCAUGCCGAGCCACAAUAGGUGCAGUGAUUGUGGCCGUAUCAGCCGUAGCGAGUUUCGAUGAUGAAUGUGACAGAAGUGGCGGCAACCUCUUACAGUCUUUUGCCCAGGCUCGCAGAGCAGAAAAGUAUGCUUGGCAAUCCGGUCGAGGGAAUUUCCCCAACUUUGCCGUCGCAGAAGCCAAUGGCCCUUUCAAUCUAAGUGAGACUCUGAGUUGGUCUUGGCAUCAUCCUAAAGGACGUUUUCAUACGUUGACAUGGGGGACUGUUCUUGAUCAUCAGCUGAAUGUCUACCUCUCCGCAGCGGAUGGUUUGCGCAAGUUUGACGUAGAUGGACAGUUGCUUUGGGAGCACCACACCCUGCCAGCCAUCCUUAUGAACGCACCUGCCAUUUAUCAAGGAUCCAUUUUUGCCAGUGACACACUCGGUGGUGUGCGUGCAUUGAGCAUGAGCACAGGCAAACUGCUAUGGCAUUCCAAUUUGUCGAUGCCCAUCGGAGAAGACAAUGGUUUUACCAUGGUGCAUGAGGGAGUUGUUUUCACAGCAGCUGGUUGGCGCGAUCCUUCUCCGAUGGGGCCCGCAAACCACAUGGUGAAAGCCCUCAAUGCGAGUGAUGGGCAGAUUCUGUGGACCUACGAGCCUGAUGCUCCAGUCUGGAACUUUUUGCCAUUGUUUCCGGAUCGCGACACCUUCGUCUUUCAAGACAUGACUGGCAGAGUUUAUCGUCUGAGUUUGCAAGGCAAACUUCUUUGGAAAGCCGGUGGCAAGCCAGGUACAUGGACAGAUGGAGGAGCUGCACUGGGCAAUGGCAUGGUCUACGCGGUGAACAACAACAACCCUCCAAAACAGUUGAUGUUCCAUUCCGAACACAGCCCUGGAACACUGAGCGCCUACGAUCUCAAUGGUACAUUGAAAUGGAAAAUAACCACACCGCGGCCACCGAACAAUGCCCCUGCCAUUGGCAAAGUCCAAGGCUGGAGCGGCUUGUCCGUGAUCUUGCCAAUUUGCAAACAAGUCAUGCAAGGAGCAACUUGUGAGGUCCAGGCUUACGAUGCCAACACUGGUGGCCUUCGUUGGGUGUUCCAUGGGCCUAAACAGACAGGACCUCUCCAAGCAGGAGAUUUUGAAGGAAUGGUAGAUAGAACCACCAGCGGCGUGCGCCCUGCUUGUCUUCCAAAUGGUUGGAGUGCUCCAAGCAUCAGUUCUGAUGGAACCGUUUUUGUGGGCAAUGAGAAUGGGCCCAUGUUUGCUUUGAGGGAUGCGGAUGGAGAUGGUCGAGUUGUUGGCAAUGACGAAGUUUCCUCCUUUGAUGCCAAAGCCGCUUUUUCCGGUUCUGCUAGUCCGGCCAUAGGGAACAACCUCCUAGCAGUUGCAUCUUGCGACACCCUCUUUGUAUUCAAAGGCUGA